AUGAUGGGUCAAAUCAAUUCUUCCAAAUCAUCAGAUUCAAUUGCGGAAUGUAAAUUGGAAAAAAAGCAGGAAGUAGCAAUCGAUUAUGAUACAAUUUCUCCUCGGUUUUCUGUUUAUAAUAUUGAAGAACUUCAAGGAGGCAUUGAACAUCUCAAUGAAUAUGGUUAUGCUGUAUUUAGCAAUGUACUUAACAAUGAGCAAGUUGAUCUUAGUGUUAAUUUAUUUUGGAAUUAUUUAGAAAACUUAGAAGAACCAUAUCGUAUUCAACGUAAUAACUCACAAACAUGGGAUAAACCAUGGCCAGGCGCGCCUCAUAUUGGCUUAGUGAAUCGUCACGGUAUAGGCCAAUCUGAAUUCAUGUGGUUCAUUCGAGGAAAUCCUAAUGUAAAAAAAGUUUUUUCUCAUAUUUGGAAUUCUGAUGAGUUGUGCGUUUCGUUUGAUGGAGCUGGUUGUUUUCGUAAUUGGCAUUUAAAUAAAGAAUGGAAAACAUCAGGUGGUUGGUAUCAUUGCGAUCAAAAUCCAUUUAAAAAACCUAAUCGUUGUUCAAUUCAAGGUCUUGUUGCUCUAACAGAUAACAAUGAAUCUACUGGUAGUCUUGUUGUUGUACCAGGAUCACAUGAACAUUUUCUUGAAUUACCAUCAGCAGCUCAAAAAAAACGUAUUUGGGGCGAUUAUAUGGCAGUUCCGCAACAACAUUCAAUUUUCGAGAAGCUACGUCCUCGACUAGUUAAAUGUAAAGCAGGUGAUCUUGUAGUUUGGGAUUCUCGUUGUGUUCAUUGUAAUACGCCAGCUAUUGUUGACAAUGAAAACAAUGAUCAAUUAGAACUAUUACGUAUUGUUGCUUAUAUAUGUAUGAGUCCAAUAUCGAUGUUUGCACCUGACAUGAAUGAAUAUAACAGUUUAGAAGAGUUUCGUCAAUUGAGAGAACAGUGUGUUAAAAAUAGAAGCACAUGCACACAUUGGCCAUUAGAACUUGUUGGAGCUAGGAACACAGGACGUGAUAACAAAAUAUCGUUCAAAUUGAAUGCAUAUCAACAUUCUCUUGUAAUAGGUACUCGUGUAGAACACGAAAAUGGAACAGCAGAGAUUGAAUUUUGA